GGGGGGCCCGGCCUGGCCCGCUCCGUCCCGCUCCCGGUCCCGGCCCCGGCCCCGGCCCGGCCCGCUGGGCCAUGCGGCGGCCGUAGCCAUGCAGCGCGCCGAGCUGCGGGACGGGGAGGCGGCCGCCGCGGCCUCCUACCGGGUGCUCAGCCGCCUGCUGGGCUACGGGGCCGGGCCGGAGGCGGGCGCGGCGGGCGGUGCCGGUACCGGCGCGGCGGGCGCUGGGCCGCCGGGCCCCGGAGGCGGGCGGCUGCCGGCGGCGGCGUUACCGGGAGUGGGGACGAUGCGGGCCCCGCGGCCGCCGCCGCAGCUGAUGGUGUUCCGCAACGCGGCGGAGGGGCGGCCCGGCGAGGAGGGCGGCCCGGCGGCGGGGGGCGGCCCGGCGGGCGGCGGGGAGCUGCUCUGCCCGCGGCACCGCUGCGCCCUGGAGCCCAAAGCGGCGGCGAGGUGGGGAGCCGGGCCUCCGGGCGGGCUGGAGCUGCAGCUGGCGGCCUUGGGGCUGCGGCCCCCCGGGCUGGGCUCGAAGGGGCCGGGGGGCUGCCCCUGCCUCGGGCCGCCGCCCCCCCCCGCCGGGCCCGCCGCCGAGGAGACCAGCGACGCUUUGCUGGUGCUGGAAGCGCUGGAACCCGACGAUACCGGGAGCUGCUCCGAGGAGGAGCCGGGAUCCCCCGGGCGAGGAGCCGCCCGCCCCGCCGGGAGAGGAGCCAGCGGCCUCGCGCCCCCUCCCGCGGCUCCCGGCGGAGCCGGCCCCGGCGCCAGGAAGGGCUCCUUGAAAAUCCGCCUCAGCCGCCUCUUCCGCACCAAGAGCUGCAGCGGCGGCUCCGCCAUCGGGGACGCCGCCGCCUCCCCCGGCGGCCGGCGCGGCGGGGAGCUGCCCGCAUCCGCCGGGAGCCUGACCGACGUCUGCGGGGGCCGCGGCCGGGAGCAGGAGACGGGCAGGAAACACAGACUGACGAGAACUCAAAGUGCCUUUUCCCCGGUUGUGUUCAGCCCCCUCUUCACAGGUGAAACGGUGUCACUGGUGGACGUGGACAUCUCUCAGCGAGGCCUGACCUCCCCUCAGCCUCCAACUCCUCCACCCCCUCCACGAAGAAGCCUCAGCCUGCUCGAUGACAUCAGUGGGACGCUGCCUGCAUCUGUCCUAGUGGGUCCAAUGGGCUCUUCCCUGCAGUCCUUCCCUCUGCCUCCACCUCCUCCACCCCAUGCCCCAGAUGCCUUCCCACGGAUUGUCCCCCUGCGGCCCCCGGAGGCGAUGCCUGGGCAGCCCACCCCCCCCCUCCAGUGCCCUCUCUACCGCCCGGACUCCAGCAGCUUUGCAGCCAGCUUGAGAGAGCUGGAGAAGUGCGGGUGGUACUGGGGGCCCAUGAACUGGGAGGAUGCAGAGAUGAAGCUGAAGGGGAAGCCAGAUGGAUCCUUUCUGGUCCGAGACAGCUCUGACCCCCGUUACAUCCUGAGCCUCAGCUUUCGGUCUCAGGGCAUCACCCACCACACCAGGAUGGAGCACUACAGAGGGACCUUCAGCUUGUGGUGCCACCCCAAGUUUGAGGACCGCUGCCAGUCUGUGGUGGAGUUCAUCAAGAGAGCCAUCAUGCACUCCAAGAACGGGAAGUUUCUCUACUUCCUCCGAUCCAGGGUUCCUGGUCUCCCACCAACACCUGUGCAGCUCCUGUACCCAGUCUCCAGGUUCAGCAAUGUCAAAUCCCUCCAGCACCUUUGCCGCUUCCGGAUCAGGCAGCUGGUCCGGAUCGACCACAUCCCCGAGCUCCCGCUGCCCAAGCCCCUGAUCUCCUACAUCCGCAAGUUCUACUACUACGACCCGCAGGAGGAGGUUUACCUGUCGCUGAAGGAAGCUCAGCUCAUCUCCAAACAGAAGCAGGAGACAGAGUCCUCCACGUAGCCCGGCUGCCCUGCUGCCUUGUCGCUGUCACUGAUGGUAGGAAUGUGGUUGUCACCACCCUGCAGCCCCGGGAAGGAGGCGCCAGUGGAGCCGGCUCAGCAGCUGCUGCUCCAGCUCUUUUGUCCGGAGAAGAGGGAUCAGGGCUCCUGGGAAGCACAGCAGAGUGGGAACAAGAGCCUCAGCUCCUGCCUGAGGGAGAAGGGUCCUGGAGACAGCUGAGCCCAGCUCGGGGACUCCUUGUGGAACAAAGAAUGUCAUGGCACUAGUUACUGGUUUUUGAAAGUUUUAUUUUUGAUGUUGUCUUUUUUUGGUUGUUGUUUUUCCUUUGGAAUUUUCAGCAUGAGAAAUACUGUCUUAUGAGCAGCUGAGUUUUAUUAUCCUCCCUUGGAAACCUCAAGGUGGGGGGAGAGAGAGAGAAGGGGACUCUCUAGGAAGAUCAUCUGCUCCAGGAGUUAAGGCAAGACUGUUCUUUGGUUCCCCCCCCGAGAGGUGGUGCAGCUGAUGAGCUGCUUGGAGACAGACUGAGCCAGAAGGAUGUGCAGCCACAUGGAAUAACCUCUGGAGCUGCUCCUCUUUCUGGGAUUUGGGAGAAGAGGGCCAAACCCAGCCCUGGGCAGCUGAGCUUUGCAGCUGGAUUUGCAGGGUGGUCCUGUGUGCUUUUAAGUAGGGCCCAAGGAAGGAAGAGUGUGGGAACCACUUGGAUGUCCUGGAGCCAAAGGGAAUGGUUGAUACUUCUCUGAGGAGGCAACAUUCCCCCAGCAAACACUGGAAGACUUUGCUGAACCCCCAGGAUGGGUAGAAGGAAGGUGGGUGGCAAAGCUGCUGUCAUCACUGUUGCCACAGUCCAAAGGUACUUGCCAUGGUGGUCUCAGCCUCACAGGACCCUGGGACAUGCACUUUUAGCCUUUGGCUGUCUCCAGAAGCUGUGAAGGAAGGAAGUGUCUUUCUGGUGAGCUGUGAAGGAACUUGGAGCUGCCAGGACAUUGAGCAUCAUCUCUGGGGUGACUCAGAGCAAGAGGCAAGAACUGAGGGUUCUCCUGGAGCAGCAUCUGAUCUCUGUGAGCUUCCCUGCUGCUUCCUCCUCUCUCCAGGAAUGUCCAUGGAACCACAGCAACUCAGAAACUGGGAAGCCCAGAGAGGUGGUGGCUCUUGCUGUGUUCCUGGGCUUGGCACUGUCUGAAAGACCCCCUUGACCCCUUCAGAUCCCAGGCUGCUUGUUUCAUCCACUGCAGCAAAGAGUUUGCAUUUCAUGGUGAAGUUUGUUGGCCCAAAGUGAUGCUGAGAAGUCUGGAGAAGCAUCUUUCCUGCUGUAUUUAAAUGAGGAGGUUCCUGUGCCCUCAGCCCAAAGUGAAGGAAUCGCUCCAGCAGCCCGAGCUGAAGGAAUUGCUCCAUCCUGCAACAGUCUGCUCUGAAAACAUGAUGGGUUUGUGUGUGGUCCAGGUCCCUGGAUCUGGACUGGGAGCCCUGGGAGCUGGCUGUGGUCACUCAGGAGCUGCUGGGCCCUUGGUCUUGCCCUGCAGAAUCAUCCACGUCCUUGAAUGAGGCACAGUUGUGUGGAUCUUAAAGCAGCCUGGAAAAAUACUGCUUGUCUGCCAAGUGUUGCUGUGGAGGGUGCUGACAAAUCCUGCCCUCCCUCAGCUCUGGCCUCACUUUUGGUCUUGGAGAAAAAAAAUAUGUGGUGGUUUUUCUUUUUUUUUCUUCUUCUUUUUUUUUUUUUUUAAAAAAAAAAAAGGUUUGGCUUCCAGAUGAAACUAAUAACUGAGCUUCAAAAUGUGUAGAAAUACCUCAUGGGACACUACUGACUGUCACAGUGGCUGUCAGGGCAGUGGAGCUGCCCCAGGGUGUGCUGAGCAGCAUCUCCUGACCCCUGGUGAAAUGGGAGCUGAUCCAUCCACAGCCACCCUGUCCCCUCCAGCUGGGGACAGGCCCUUGUCCCCCCCCAGCCACCUCCACUGCCCUUGGCCAUAGACCCUCCCCUGGCUCACACCAGGUUAUCAGGAGCCUGCAGAUGAAUGCAGCUGCUUGGAGCAGAACACGGGGCACGUGGGGCCACCAUCAGGGGGGAAAUAUCUGUGCUUGAGCAGGUGAGACUCAAAUAUCCACCCGGCUGGCCUGGCUGCAGUUUGGCUGUCCUUGUGCUGAGGAGUUGAAUCUUCUGACUUACCCAUAUGCUGGAAGGGAAGAACAGUCUUCCCAAGAGCCUGGUCUGGUGCCUGAAGUGUCCAAGUCUGUGCCAGCAAAGGACAGUGCCCAGGGCAUGUGUCUCCUGUCCAGCUUGUCUCCAAAAUGAGACCCUGGAGCCAAGGAUAGGGCAGCAGGGGCUGGUGGGUGUGGAUGGGGCUGUGGGGAGCUGGGAGUUGGGUCCUGCCCGAGCUGGGGAGAAGCUGGUCCUCUCCCUGGUGUGAUGGUAGUGACAGUGUUGUCACUCCUCCUCUCCCUGUUCUGGGCUGGAGAGACACAGCUUGGGUUUGGGAAGGGAAAGCAGCAGAGCAGGGAAAACUGGGAAUGAGUGUGGAGCCCAUCCUGCUGGAGCUGGGCUGGCCUGGUGGGGAGAAGGCACAGCCCUGCUCUGUGGUGGGUCAGGAGAGCCCUGUCCUGCUCUGCUCCUUCCUCUGUCCCUCUGGGGACCCCCCUGAGCUCCCCAUGAAGGUGACCAAGGUGUCUCUGUGGCUCUCAGAGCUGCUGAAGCAGCAGCCAGGCUUUAGGGGCAAUACUUGAAUUCCAUGUGUCCUGUCACUGUCCUGGGAAGGGUUUCUCCCAGCAGCCUGACCAGUGCAUCUGCCAUUCCUUGUCCCCUGUGCAUGGUGGGAGGCUAAAGGGGAGGCUAGCAAGGCUUGGGGGUCUGUCUGUGGCAGCUGAAAUGAGGGAGGGAAUUUGCUGGGGCUGGUGGGACACCAGCCUGUUGCUCUGAGGUUCUCAGUGUUGGCUGGAGCUCCACAAGAGCUCCCCUUGUUGAUCUGCACCCCCAGGAGCAGCAGGGUGGGCUCUGGCAUGAAGGUGGCAGAUGCUCUUCAACCUUCCCAGGGCCUUGCUCCACCUCUCCUUGCUCCAAGACAGGCAGGGGAGCUGGAGUGUGGUCAGUGCCUGUGGCCAGCAGCCCUGGAGAAGAGCCCAAGGUCAAGUGUAGUUAACAGCCUUCUCCUGAAAUCCAUUAAAAACAAAGCUGUUCCUGGAGUUCCUUCACAUCUAGGUGGGAGGGGAGGGAGGACUUGGGUCUGUUUGGGCAUGGAAAAGAUCCAGAGCUUUUGUUUGAAGGCUGGAUGUGAAGGGAGUGAUCUGUGCCUGGGGGUGUGAUGGUCUCUGUGGACACAGGUGGCUCCAUAGAUCCCCAUCCCAGUUUGGGGAGGAACACCUGGUGGUUGUGUCCUGCCAGGAAUGGUUCUGGAGGUUGGUUCUGGAGGGUGCUCUCAUCUGCUGAUCUGGGAGAAAUUUUUACAGCCUCCUUUGUCCAACCUUGAGUUCUGCUGGGGUUGUCCUUGUCCUGCCUCUGUCAGGGGCCCGAGGCAGAUGAGCAAUGAAAUGGACCAUAAAAAACUACCGAAGUGUGGAAAGUGCCCACUGGAAAAGCUUUUUCAGCUGGAGAUGGUGUUUUUUUUCAGCUGGAUGAGUGCAGCCUCCACCCGUGGUUCUUGUCCCUGGUUACUGGGCUGAUUUUACCCUUCAAAUAGACCAUUUUUAGGUCUUUUGGGACCCUGACACCCACCCGAGCCCCCUCGGCUUUCAGGGAUGGAGGGAUUUAUUUACCCAUGUCCCUGUGCUCCCUUGCUCCUCAUCCAGAGUCUUCCAGGUGAGAUGGGGCAGGUGGGACCCCACACACACCCUGGGCUAACGGGGUCCUGCUGGUGCUGCCUCCAAUUGUGCCUCUGGCUGAAAAGCACAAAUGGUGCCCCAAAAUGCCACCAGUUCCCUCCCAGUGCCCCCACCCCACACAAGCUGACCCCCACCCACUCAGGCCUUUCCUCCUACAAUGGCUGGUGGGCAGUGGGUGACUCUGGGUGGGUGACACUUGCCUUUGGAGCAGGAAUGAGCAGAUGUGCAGGACCUCGUGCUGCUCUUCACCAGGACUGUCCAACCACCCUUUGGUAAAAAUGCAGCUUUGCUUAAUUUUAUCUUUUUUUUUUUUUCCCCUUUUUUUCCUUUUUUUUGGUGUGUGCUUAAUUUAUUCAAAUAGUUGCUGUAUAAUUUAUUUUCAUAAGCUAUAUAUAUAGAGAGAAAAAAUGUUACUAAAUGGUAAGAACAGACUUGCAGGCCAAUCUUUCAGAAGAAAACUAAGAAAAUGUUUUUGAUAUAAAUGGUAACGAAUGCA